UCUACUUCUCCGUCAGACCUGAUCUACCGUAUUAUUCGUUGAUAUCCAGUUACAUUCGACAAUUGGGAGGCCUUGGGAGGUAGAGCGUACGUCCGGAUGAUAUCCGAAAGAACUCGGACAGGCUCGGCAUCAGUAUGUACUGCCUUCAUAUGCUAUUCUAUGCUGCAUUUUCAAAAGAGUAUUGGCUACAGAAGGUCUCUCAAGUAUUAUUUACUUCGAAUGUCACGAAUAGACGGAAGGCCGAAACCCGAUAUGGUCUGCCGACCUCGACAUCCUCUGAGAUAAUUUAAACCCCAGUAAGGUAUAUAGGCAACCACGAAUCGACUAUUCUUUAUCAAACAAAAGUUCGUGGAUUCCAAAAUGUCUACUCUUUCCUAUGACGACAAAAUGGGAUACCUCCCCGAGCAGGACAUCGAUACUACCAUUCACGCAGCACCACUCGCUGAGCUCGAGACGCCAAAGAAACGAAAAUGGAUGCAGACCUUGUCUGUACUCAUUGCAGGUGUAGCCCUUUUCUCGGAUGGUUAUAACAUCCAGAUUACCGGUUAUACGAACACCGUCAUGGCAAAGCUCUAUCCCACCGCCCUUAACUCAACUAUGAAGACUCGUCUAAGCAAUUCCAUCCUUAUUGGGGAUAUCUUUGGAAUGAUCCUCUUCGGUCUCUGCGCCGACCGUCUUGGUCGUCGAUGGGGUAUUAUCGGUUGCACCUUCUUCCUUGUUCUCGGCGUAACCCUUGCAACUGCAGCGCAUGGGAAGAGUGAAGUUGGAAUGCUAUGGAUGAUCGUGAUUGGGCGCGGCGUUGCUGGCCUAGGUGCUGGCGGUGAGUACGCAGUAUGUACGACGAGCGCUGUGGAAGCUGCAGAUGAGACCCAUACGUUGAGGAAGAAGAGAGGACUCCUCGUAGCAUCAAGCACCAAUACAGCCAUCAUCGCCGGCUUCGUUGCCUCUGCUAUCGUGUUCCUCAUCGUCCUCGCCGCGUACGGAGGUGAACCUCACGUCGGAGUCUGGCGUAUAUGCUUCGGUAUCGGUAUCAUUAUGCCAUUGUCGAUCUUUCUCUUCCGUGUGCGUAUGGCAGACUCAACUCUCUACUCAAAACAUUCCAUUAAAAGUCCAAAAUUUCCUUACUGGCUUGCGUUCAAACGUUAUUGGAAACCUUUGCUUGGAUGUUCUCUUGUCUGGUUUCUCUAUGACGCUGUUGUAUAUCCAUUCAACCUCCUCGCACCUACCAUCACUGCCGGAUUCAGCAGUAAUCAAUCACUGUUAGCUUCAAACGGAUGGGGAGCGCUCGUCAAUGCGUUUGCCCUUCCUGGCGCGUUCUUUGGAGGUUUCAUCAUUGACCGUCUCGGACCUAGGCAGACAUACGCUUUUGGACUAGUAAUGGUCGCAAUUUUUGGUUUCGUUAUUGGCGGUGCUAUGGAACCCCUUCGUAACAACGGCACAGGCGCUUUCGCCGCUUUCGUCAUCCUCUUCGGCCUUUUCCAAUGUUUUCUCUCCGUCGGACCGGGCAACUGCAACUUCAUAGUCUCUUCCGAAUCAUUCCCCACCCCUGUUAGGGGUCAUGCUCUUGGUUUAGCAGCAGCUAUCGGUAAAGCAGGCGCCGCUGUGGGUACACAAGUUUUCCCCCUUAUCGAAGCCCGUUUUGCCACGACUCUCAAAGGGCAACAAGCCAUUUUUCUCAUCGGUUCAGGCAUUUGUGUUGUCGCAGCGAUAGUAGUCAUGACAAUUGUACCGAACAGAAGGGCGCAGUUGGAGGAUGAGGAUGUAGAGUUCAGGAGGUACUUGGAGGAAAACGGUUGGGAUACGUCAGAUAUGGGCUCUGUGGGAAGAAUCGUCUCUGACGAGGUAGUUGAACGUGGUGAGAAGGUCUGAUGUGUCGCCGCCUCUUCAUUGAUGUCAGAUAGAGACAUAUCGAAUACAAGGCAUCAUUUAAUGCAUGGAUCUAUGGGGC